AUGGUCAGAUCAAACAAGCAAGAACCACGCGUCUCUGCUACAUACAUCCGAUCUCUCGUGAAGCAACAACAACUUGCUUCUUCCACCACCACAACCAUGACCACCCCCACCACAACCACAACCGCAGAUAGCAACGGCGGCAAAACGCAAACGCAAACUCAGAUGCAGACGCACAAGAAACAAGUGAGAAGACGACUCCACACAAGCCGUCCUUACCAAGAACGUCUCCUCAACAUGGCCGAAGCUCGUCGCGAGAUCGUCACCGCCUUAAAACAACACCGAGCUUCCAUGAGACAAGCCUCCAGGAUUCCACCGCCUCCACCGCCCCCACCUCCUCAGAUUCCUUUCUCUGCACCGCCUCCUCCACCUCCUCCGGAUCCAUUUUCUUGGACAAAUCCGCAUCUCAAUUUCCUCCUCCCGAACCAACCGUUAGGGCUAAACCUCAAUUUCCAUGAUUUCAACGACUUCAUCCAAACCUCUUCAACAACUUCAUCAUCCUCAUCAUCAUCUUCAUCGUCUUCUAAUUCAUCUUCAUCAUCCUCAUCCAUUUUUCCGACGAAUCCGCAUAUCUACUCCUCCCCUUCACCACCACCACCUCCCACCUUCGCCGCCACUUCUGAUUCACUACCUCAUCAACCACCGGCUGGACAGCAGAGGAUGAUGGAGUUGGAGAACAACGUGGUGACGUCAGCCUGGUGGUCAGAGCUGAUGAUGAAGACGGUGGAGCCGGAGAUGAUAAAGUCGGAGGAAGAAGUCGUCCUAGUCGAAGAUGACGUCUUCCCCAAGUUUAGUGACGCCAUGGACUUCCCUUCGUGGCUAAACCCAACAGAUGAAGAAUUGUUUCAUCCUUACAAUCUCACAACUCAUUACUCCUCUCUUCACAAUCCUCCUUUGUCCUGUAUGGAGAUUGGAGAAAUUGAAGGCAUGGAUGGAGACGAUUGGCUUGCUUGA